CUUCGAUCUACCUAGAGGCAGUGCCAGAGAACUCGCUGAAUCUGCAAGAAAUUUCUGUAGCACAUUUGGAAGGCCACAUCCCUUGCAAGUAAGAACCAAUUCCUGGUUAGAUUUUUUAAUUUGAUCGGUGCCUGAUUUUUUUUUUAUCGGCUCAUUUACUGAAUUUUACUCUUGUCUGAAUUUACAUUGCACUAUAACCGAUUGCAGUUUAUACUGAGUUGGAUUGAGCUUCAAGCAUGAAAAUGACUUCUGUUUCCCUAAGUUGGACUUUACUGCUUGUGGCGCUUUUCAUAAUGACAAAACGUUUCGCUUCGACGCAUGGAGCCCCUUGCCAUAAUGACACCCGAGGAUCCCUGAAAGAAAUACAGAAACAACUUGGACAGCUUCAAUUGCAAGUUAAAAUUCUAAAGGAAAACAAAAGAGCAAGGAUAUGUAAGUUAGAUCAUUUUCCUUGUGUAUGGUCACGUGAUGAUUUCAUGCUUUUUGCGAUUGUGACGAGAGUAGGAAUUCACCGGUAAAAUCGUCAGUCCCAGUAUCAUUAGGUGUGAGAUGUAAUCAUGAAAUUUUAGUAAAUUAUUUAUUACGAUUUUUUCGGAACAAAGUUAGGAUGACCCAUUUGACAGAUUUCAGCAAUUCUUUUAGUACCACUCCAUCCUCAACUAAGGGACAAUAAAUCCUCCCUUGCUCACCACUAAAUUUACCUGUUAAAACUCCUGACUUAACUUGAUGCUUUCCCAACUUUUAAUAGUAAUACAUUUGCAGACCUGUAUCACUCCAUACACCAAAUAUGCAGCUGUCUUUUUACUCCAAUUACCACAUACAAGUUCUCUCCAGCGAUAAUGUCAUCCUUCAUCGUGAUACCGGGAUAUUAACCCUAACUCCAAGACUCGAAAACAAAAACUCAAACAUUUAUUUACAGGUAUUCCAAUGAAAAUACACAAAUGUUUUAGUAAUCAAGCCGAAUAAACAUCCGGUUAGACAAUAAGGCGGGUUUUCUACGAACAGAAAUAACACCUUUAGCGAGCGAAAUUACAAUACGUACGAAAUGCGAUAGAACUUACUGACUGUUCCGAGUUAAGACCAUUAUUGACCAUAACUCAACAAUUUUAGGUAGCAAAAUAUGCCAGUACAAACACGGCGACUAGUUCUUUUCCGACAAAGCACAUGGCCGAUGUCCCAGAUGUUGACGUCAAAAUGCAUGCACGCAAUGGGAGCUACAGAUUCUGUUUGUAUCUGGAAAAAAAUGUAAUAAAUAAAUAAAGGACACUUAAGCUUGCGUGUAGAAAAUUACAAGACCUACAAGCUUGAAAGCAAAAUGGACAUAGAAUAUUAGGCUUUUAUUAUCCAACUGUACAAAGUAGAGUAAAAAAAGCGCGCGAAUAGAGCACAAACAUCUUAUGUGGUUACACUAUAUGGACAGUUUGUUAUUUUAUACUCUAAUUAACAAUUGGUUCAUACGUCAGCGUGCGUUCAUCGAGAUAUGAAGCACUUAGGAAGUUUGGACCCGAUGGAAAUUUUUUUUCUCGAGGGAUUUGUUUGUUGACGUCAUGUUCGUGCACAAUAGGAAUGAGAAGCACGCUCGCGCAAUUGAAUUUGAUUAGACAAAUUUACUAGCCAUGUUAUAAAAGAGCUUAUUUAACCAGUCGGCAGCGCACGCUACGCUUCUCUAUCCACUUUGCUUUUCCGCCGUAUGAGAAAUGAGCAGAAAAAUAAAAGCAGUUGGAUAAUAAACAACUUAUUAAACGUUUUGUUGUGUAGUAUUGCUGAGUAUUUCUAUUCGUUCUUUGCCCGUAGGGCGAGUCAAAUACGGUACAACUCGUAAAAAUGCUCAGCGAUACUACACCCCAAAACGCCUGAUAAGAUAUUUUUAGAGGAAUAUUUCAUCCCCCAGAAGAAACAAAUUAUUGAAGGAGCCUUGCGUGCAGAGAUACAGAUGACCUUCCUACUUCAAUGGGACACGAGAAAGCGGAAAUGGAUACUGAAAGAGGGGAGAAGACUUUAACUUUCUAAGUUUUCUAGAUACAUUACAUUCCUGAUAUCUAAUUCCUGAUACCCGACUCGAUUUUUUGUAUUUUGAAUCGCCCUGCAGGCUUGUCAAAAAUCGACUGUUUUAUCAAUCCCCUAUUUUUUUUCACUUAACGGACCAAAGACACGUGUAAUAGAAAAAAACAAACCUGAACUUAUGAGUUAAAGGGAAGUUUCAAUUUAACUCGAAUCACUUCCAUGAAAAAAAUUGGACAUUUUGUCAAAUUCGUAUUUACAGAUUACGUUGCUCUGCGUGCGGAGAAAUUAACUUCUCACCUUCCAUGGUUUAAUUAGAUGUUAUGUCCUCUCGAAAAGUAAGAAAUUAAACAAUUGAAGGAGGCUUGUGUGACUUUCCAACUUUUAGAUGAAAGGGAAUGUCAUCAAUAUUUCAGAGGUGUUUUCAUUUAGACUCCUGGACGCCCCUGGAUAAUUCAUAAGCACUUACUGAAUAAAUAUGUGGAGAGGUCAGAUUCCGAGGCGCCUUAAACAGCUAAAGCGUAUAGGAAAUUUGGUGGAGCCAGAGUUUUGAAUAGAUGACCAAUUUGGGAUUCAUUGUAACCUUCUUUGCGCAAAGUUCCUAAGAUAUGUGGGCAUUUUACGAUGGCUCAUAGAGGACAUGCCACAUUUUUUUAUCGCGUGAUAAAAUCAAAAUAUCGCGCGACAAAUAUAGAAUAAUACAUGGGCGCGCGCUUCAAGUGUUUAACUCGAUAGAUCGAGAACACGAGAAGAGAAAUUCCAUAUCUACAAGCAACCAUGUAUCAUAUUGUCUAUUAUAUAAACACAAUAGCCCUAUACUGAGAAGAAAGACCGACUUCAUCAGUUAAAGAAAUUAAAUGAAUCGACAAUCGUAGAGUGCGUUAGCGCUAACUCUUAAGAAGGAAAAAUGCGUUGAAUGAUGAUGUCAAAAACAACAACGGUCGUAAUUUUAUAUUUACAAACUUCUCAUUUAUUGACUUUUUCCUUACCGACAGAAGAAGUCUUUCGGGUAAACGGCCAAAAUCGGCCAGUGGCAAAUCUUCCCACUGUUGAUUUUCAGUCAUUCCCAGCCGAGGGAAAUGGCAACACCAAAGCCACUAAAUUCGUAACUUUCGGUUUUUCUUUUUGUAUAUUGGUUUUCUUCCUCUUCUAGAAAACUUUCAACCCCACUGUCGAUGAGCGAUACAGUUCUUUUAGUGUUUUAGCAGCCAUAAUUCGAGAAACAUCCGACAAACUAUUUGUAAUUAGAAUCGAGAGGGUUUGCGGUUCAUUCAUCAACCUGACCGAGUGGCGCCAAAGGCGAGUAACCUGUCAGCAGCUUAUUGACUAUAUCAACACAGGUGAAAAAAUACGAUAUUUUUUCACGUGUGUUGUUAAGGCUUUUCUCAGGGCCGGAAAUCCUUGUAUAACACCGCAGUUUAUGUGAAUGGGACAAUGUGAUGUAUUAUAUAAUGUGACGUCAAAUUUCUUGAAGGGCGCCAAUUCUGCUCGGAUUCAAUAUAAAGAAAGGUCUUCCAAGACUAAUUCAUGGUAAAAAAAUAAAUGCUGAGCCAGUGUGAGAUCGCACGAAAUUUGCGAUUUAGAGGAGACACACAAAGAGGACAAAAAAACACAGGUUGAAAGGUGAUGUCAGUUCGUUUCUUCUUCUCUAACCUUUUUAAUUCUGUUUCCCAGUUAGUUUGCGAUGAUAUCAGAGAUAAGAGACGCCUCCUAGACUACUGCACACUGCAGAUCUGAAUGCAAUUCAGCUCAUGAAACUCUGUUUUUCUUCUUUAGCCAAGAACUGUGCUGAGCUGUACAAAUCCGCUAUAAGAGUCAGCGGUGUCUAUACAAUCGACCCUGAUGGUUCUGGUGCCUUUGAUGUAUACUGUGACCAGACAACAAGUGAUGGGGGGUGGACUGUAUUUCAAAGAAGACUUGAUGGCUCUGUCGAUUUCAACCGCACCUGGGAUGAAUACAAAUAUGGCUUUGGCAAUUACCUCAAAGGAGAGUUUUGGCUCGGAUUUGACAAGAUCCGUCGCCUGACAAGAAAUGAAACAAAAAAUAGACUCCGAGUGGAUCUUGGAGUAGCCCCUAAUAAAGCGGUGCAAACUGAAUACGAGUGGUUUGGAUUAGGAGAAGAAAAAGAUAAGUACAGGUUGAGCCUUGGAAAUCUAUCGGGUAAGUCAAUAGUCUCUUUGUUUAUUAUUCGUUCAAGUAGAGGAAUCGUUGAAGUGUCUAGAAGGAACGGUUCCAAUCGCGUCAAAAACUGACUUCAGUUUUCAGGCCUGUUUACAGCAAUUUCUUUAAUUACAGCUUACCUGUGAAGAACCUUUCUUUACUCGUAAGUACGUCACACCCUCCUUUCAAGUGAUAGCUGAAAUUCAAUAUCAUCGCGGAACUCCAGGCGCCCAUCAUGGACUCCCGGGAACUCUAAGUUUUCUUUGUUCUCUCACCCUCAGUUGUUUAAGAUGAUUUAUUUGUCUGAUUCUUAUACUUGUUCACAAUAUAUAAAAGAGAAACUAUCUGUUUAUUUUUCAUUUAUUCAAAUUUUACAUAUUCAUUUUAGAAGGUUCGACAGUUAUCGAUUCUCUCCACCCUCAUAUGGGCCUGUCUUUUAACACAUGGGACAAGAAUGAUUGUGCUUCUUCUGAUCGCAUUAAUAUUGGAGGAGGAUGGUGGUACAUGAGUAAAAAGAACUGUUCUUUUGCCUCAAAUCUCAACGGUGUUUAUCGAGGGGACGGAAGGGGAAAGUUUCAUUGGGGAUUCUUAGUUCCUGACAAGCCAGAACUCACCACUCCCCAAACAUCAGAAAUGAAAAUCAGACCAGUUGACUAUUCGUAG